AUGAGGCAACGACGGUUGUUAGAAUUUAUGAAAGACUAUGAUGUGAAGAUUCAACACCACCCAGGCAAGUCUAACGUCAUAACAGAUGCACUGAGUCGGAAGACCACCCAAAGCUUGGCAUACUUCAUCACUGACAAUGAAUCACUUAUUGGAGACUUGGAAAAAAUAGACUUGGAGUUGGUUCCACACAUGUCUAAUGGAUUUCUCGCUAAUAUAGUCAUGGAACCUAUGAUAGUCAAUGAAAUUAGGGCACAAAUGAAAAAGAAGAUAAUAAUGGAAGCCCGUAACUUAAGAUUCGCAGCUUAUCCUGGAAAUACGAAAAUGUACCACGAUUUGAAAGAGCAUUAUCGGUGGACGGGAAUGAAGAGAGACCUAGCAAGCCAUGUUUCCAAAUGUUUCCAAUGUCAACGAGUUAAGGAAGAGCAUUAG